AGCUGUGGGGCAGUUAUGGGGCGGCUGUGGGGCAGAGUUCCGGAGCAGACCCGUUUGGCUUUUGCCCUUUUUUGGCUCUCUCGGCCCUUCCCCGCCCCUUCUCCCCACUUCCGCCCCCCACGGCCGCGCGUGGGCUGUGGGUGUGGGGCAGACCUUCCUGCUCCCCACCAUGGGGCUGUGGGUGCUGCUGCUGCUCGGCGCAGGGUGCUGGUUGGGGCUCCCCUGGACUUGGGGGGCCGAGGCCGUGUCUAUCGAUGCCGUGUGGGGGAGAAGAGUUGCAGGGAUGCAGAUGUUGGUGGCCUCCUGGAUACGGGUCCCAUGGCAAUGGGAAUGUCCAUGGCUGCCAAUGGAUCCCAGCUCCUGGCCUGUGGCCCGAUGGCGCAGCGGAUGUGUGGGGAGAACGCGGAGGUUCCGGGGUUGUGCUUCCUCGAUGGCUCCCUAGCGACCACCCCGCGAGCUUGCCCCACAUCGUCCUCCGACAUCGUGUUCCUGAUGGACGGCUCCGGCAGCGUGGCAGCGUUUGACUUCUGGCGGAUGAAGACAUUCGUCAUCGAAAUCAUCAAACGCUUCCGUGGGACCAACACCCGCUUCGCAGUGCUGCAGUUCUCCACCGGCGUGGAGGUGCACGUGGGCUUCCCCGACUUCGACCGCCUGCCGGCGGAGCACCUGGAGCGGCUGCUGCUGGCGGUGGAGCAGCGCAGCGGCGUCACGCAAACGGCCUCCGCCAUCCGCGUCGCGCUGACGCGGGUGUUGGCGGGGAGCCGCGCGGGGGCCUCCAAGGCGCUGAUCGUGGUGACGGACGGGCAGAAGUACGGCGACGCGCUGCAGUACGGCGACGUCAUCCCGGAGGCCGAGCGCGCCGGGGUCGUCCGCUACGCCAUCGGGGUGGGCAGCGCCUUCAAGGACCCCAAGGCGGUGGCAGAGCUGCAGACCAUCGCCUCGCCCCCCCCCGAGGCGCACGUCUUCCGUGUGGACAACUUCGAGGCACUGCGCGGCAUCCAGGAGCAGCUGCAGGACAAGAUCUUCGCCAUCGAAGGGACCCGGCCGGCCUUCGGGAGCUCCUUCCAGCUGGAGAUGGCCCAGGAGGGCUUCAGCGCUCUGCUCACCCCCGAGGGGGCGGUGCUGGGAGCAGUGGGCGCCUAUGAUUGGGCCGGAGGGGCCUUCGUCUACGGCGCCGAUGGGAAGGUCGCCUUUGUCAACGCAUCCGAAGGGGACGGGGGCGCGAGCGAUGCGUACCUGGGUUACGCCACUGAGUCUCUGUCCCUGGGGGGGCUCCGGGCGCUGGUGCUGGGUGCCCCCCGGUAUCGCCACGUGGGCCGCCUGCUCCUCUUCGUGCUGCACCGCGGGGGGAAGUGGGAGCUGCGCUCUGACGCCAUGGGGCGGCAGGUGGGCUCCUACUUUGGGGCAGCGCUCUGCGCCCUGGAGGGGUCAGGGGAUGGCGUGGCACUGCUGGUGGGGGUCCCCAUGUUCUAUGGAGACGGCACCGGGGGACGCGUGGAGGUCUGCACGGUGCUGCCACAGGGCCGUGCGCUGUGGUGCCACCGGAUGCUGCGAGGUCAGGCUGGACACCCACUGGGGCGCUUUGGGGCCAGCGUUGCUCGCCUUGGGGACAUCGACGGCGACGGGCUGCAUGAUGUGGCCGUGGGUGCUCCCAUGGAGGAUGACGAGCGUGGCGCCGUCUACAUCUUCUGUGGGGAGAAGGGUGGCAUAAGUGACCACUACAGCCAGCGCAUUGCAGGCUCCUCGUUCCGCAGCGCCCCGCAGCACUUUGGGCAGGCGCUGAGUGGGGGCCGCGACCUGACGGGGGACAGACUGCCGGACUUGGCCGUAGGCGCACAGGGACAGGUGCUGCUGCUCAGGUCCCCACCUGUGCUGAAGGUUGAGGUGACGGUGACCUUCAGUCCCCCGGAAAUCCCGACGUCUGCCCUCGACUGCCACCGGGCAGAGGAGGAGGAGCUGAGCGCCGCCGGGGCCGCGGUGGUGACCACAGCCGAAGUCUGCUUUGUCGGCACCAAGAAGAGCCGUGACAGCUUGGGCUCCCUCGGCGCCGCCCUCCGCUACCGCCUGCACUUGGACCCCGGCCGCGCCGCGCGCGCCGUCUUCGUGCCGGGCGGCGCCAGGACCAACGGCACCGCGCACGUGGCCGAGGGGCUCCGCUGCCGGACCUUCGGCGUCGCUCUGGCGGGCUGCCCGGCAGACACGCUGAGCCCCGUGGGGCUGCGGGUGGCCUUCGAGGCGCGCGGGGACGCGCUGCAGCACGAGCAGGGGCUGCGCGUGGCGCUCAGCCGCGACACGCAGUGGGCCGUGAGCGCCGCGCUGCCCUUCGAGAAGAACUGUGGUGAGGACAACCAGUGUGUGCCCGAGCUGCGCGUGGCCCUCGGCUUUCCAGGGCUGGAGGAGCUGGUGGUGGGUGCCGCUGAGGACGUCACCGUCACCGUCACCGUGCAGAACAUCGGGGAGGACGCCUAUGGGGCCCACGUGGAGCUGCAGCACCCCAAGGCGCUCUCCUACCGCAAGGCCACCGCGCUGCAGCCCCACCACAGGUCCCUGGCACAGCACUGCAGCUCAGUGUCUCCAGGAGGUGGGCGCAUCCUCUGCAACAUCAGCCACCCUGUGCUGUGGGCCGGCCAGCAGCUCGUGUUUGUUGUCACCAUGGAUGUGCCCCACGAGGCUGAGUUGGGGGACAGAGUGGAGGUGGUGGCGUUGGCCAGCAGCGUCCCCCCACCCGUGAGCCCCCAUCAGGUGCGCGCCGUGCUCCCAGUGCUGUACAGCGUUGUGCUGCUGCUCACCAGGGCUGUGAGCCUGCCCCGUAUUCCUCGGGGGUUCAGGACCCCACCCCUCUCCUGCUGCGGAACCCGGUGGUGGAUUGCAGCGUGGCCGCCUGCCUGGAGUGGCGCUGUCCGUGGGGCCCCGCGCUGCCCCCCGGGGGCGUGGAGUUCAGCGUUGAGGGGCGGCUGCGGUGGAACUGGGUGCAGCAGCUGCCCCUCCCCCACGUGGAACUGGAGAGCUCCGUUCAGCUGCAGCCCGAGCCGCGCUACCGCAAUGUGGGGCGGGACCGCCUGGAGGUCCGCACGGAGCUCCGCCCCGCAUCCCCGCCGGUGCCGCUGGGCCCCACGCUGGGCGCGGUGGCGGCAGGGCUGCUGCUGGCGGCUGCGGCGGGAGCGGUGCUGCGUAAGGUCGGCUUCUUCCGGCGGCGCUACAAAGAGAUGAGGGAGGGCGGGGCCGGUGGCGGCGGGGCCGGUGCUCAGAAAGAAU